GAUUCCGCCCCUUCACGACUUCUACAACUACGACAGGCUCAUCAUUGUCCUCAACGGUCACAACGUUCUGCUCACCGGUGUUAACAUUCUACUCGUUGUUGUAUACGACGAGCCCUAUCUUUUGGUCUUUACCGCAGUGUUGAUCUGAUUCCAUUUCACGCGUCGUGGGAGAUUAACCAAACGCGAUGGAGGCAACAACGCCUGCCGAUGUCAACUCAAGGUCACGUUCCCCAACUCCAGCUCCACCUGUUCAACCCGACCAUUUCUUUGGUUCAGAGGGUGCAUACCUCCCACCAUCUCCCAACUCAGAUGGGAGAACAUGGCUCGAGCCCGACGAUGACCCCCUAGCCCAUAGAGGCAUACCAGUGUUCAAACCCACCAUGCAAGAAUUUCAGGAUUUUGAGGAAUACAUGAAUAAAAUAGAACGUUGGGGAUUGAGAAGCGGUAUCGUUAAGGUAAUACCUCCUAAAGAGUGGGUCGACGCACUUCCUGCAACUAAAAAGGAAUUGGGAGAUGUCAAGAUCAGAACCCCAAUAGAGCAGCACAUGCUUGGUCGCGGUGGUCUGUUCCGCCAGGAGAAUGUCGAGAAACGUAAAGUUAUGAGCGUCAGAGAGUGGGCAGAACUCUGCGAGAAGGAAGAGUUUUGCGCACCCGGUGUCGAAGACAUCGGCCUUCAUGGCAGAAACGCGGCCGUAAAGACGAGGUCAAAGCGCACCAAAACGAGGGCUGCAAGCACCAAGGUUGAAUCUAUUGAGCCGGAGGACUCUCCGGCCCAGGUCAAGGAAGAGGAAGGAGGUGACAAUAAUGAGAGACAUCAUGGAAUUUCUGCCCCACUGUCUCCGCCGACAAGUGUUGUACUUCCCCAAACUCCAGUUUCCACAACUUCUGACGACCCAGUUCAUCACCCUGAUCCUUCGUGCAGCGAUCAACUACCAGGGGACGUGGAGAUGACCGCCCAUGAUGAUGAUGAAGCGUCUGAAAAGAAGCCUGUCGUUAAGAAACGCGGAGCUCAAAGUCGGGAGGUAAGGGAAGCAGAGCGUGCAGCCAAGGAUGCAGCGUUCCUCAACACUUUUGAGCCGCACAAAGACUGGCUACCUCCAUGCACUACUGCUGAUGAUUACACCGUGGAGUUUUGUCAGAAGCUCGAACGGCACUUUUGGCGGAACUGUGGCCUUGGGAAACCAGCUUGGUAUGGAGCGGACACUCAAGGCUCGAUUUUUACGGAUGAGACUACAGCUUGGAACGUUGGUCAUCUCCCGUCAUUCCUGUCUCGGUUACUCCCUUCGUCAUCCAAAGGCCUGCCAGGCGUGAACACACCUUAUCUGUACUUCGGGAUGUGGCGUGCUACCUUUGCAUGGCAUGUUGAAGACAUGGACCUCUUCAGCAUCAAUUACAUUCAUUUUGGGGCUCCCAAAUUCUGGUACGCAAUGCCACAAGGACGGGCUGCAGCUUUGGAAUCAACCAUGAAAGGCUACUUCCCGAAGGAUAUCUCGCAAUGUCCUCAGUUCCUGCGGCACAAGUCCUUCCUAGCAUCGCCUACCCUCCUGGCACAGUCUUCAUGCCGUCCCAAUUUUUUGGUUCAGCGUGCACAAGAGUUUGUCAUUACCUAUCCUCGUGGAUAUCAUGCCGGCUUCAACUUAGGUUUCAACUGCGCCGAAAGUGUCAAUUUUGCGCUGGAGAGCUGGGUAGAGCUUGGACGCAAGGCCAAGGCAUGCCAGUGCAUUCCUGAUAGUGUAAGGAUUGACGUAGAUCAGCUGCUGUACGAUAGAGAAACCGAGCACUUGGACUCUCCAGCACCUGAGCCCGCAAAACGACAACCUUCAUCAAAGCGUAAAGCUCUUGACGGCCCGGAGCCUCAGCCCAAACGCAAGCGCCCCAAAGCCAAAGAGUCAUUGACGUCUAUGCCGGUUGCAGGGCCAUCCGCGUCAAGGGUCACCCUCAAGCUUGGCCCUCGGCCCGUGGAGGACAUCUUCCCCUGCUGUUUGUGUAUCUCAACGAGCAGGGAUGGCUUGUUCCCCGUACAGGAUCCACCUGUCGGUCGGCGGGAGCUUCCUGAAAGCUUAUCGAGUCUCGCAACCGAGGCUUGGAUGGCACAUGAAGAGUGUGCUAAAGUGGUACCUGAGACUUGGGUAGACGAGGUUGAGACGGAGAUCUCCAUGGAGAAAAGGGUGUUUGGCGUGGACGCGAUCGUGAGAGAUCGAUGGAAUCUGAAAUGUGCUGCUUGUACAAAAGCGCGACAGAAAGCCCAUGGUGCACCUAUCCAGUGCACCAAAGGCAAAUGCGCGAAAUCUUUCCAUGUUGGCUGCGCGAGAAAUGGAGGGACCAGCGGCAUCGUUUUCUCAAUACUGCGCGAGGUCGAGAAGGAGGUGAUCCUAGUAUAUCCAAACCCACCACCUCCUGCGCAUCCUGUCCCAGCUCCUGAUGGAGCCACUGCAUCUUUGGAUCCGGCUUUGUCUCAGUCUCAGAUGCAAUCAGACGCAAUACUACCUUCUCCCGUUGAGGUAGAGCCCCAGGUACUGAAGUCAAUCAAGAAGUACGACGUGCAUGUUCUCUGUCUGCAGCAUAAUCCAGCUGUCGCCGCUGCAAAGAGGGCUACCAAACAAGACCGUAUUAAAAGCGAGCUCAUUGGUCUCCCACCCAUGUCGCGCAUAAAAAUUCGUGUUAGCUCCGGUGUCUUUGAGGUAUCUUUGGUGCGCAUUAUCGAGGAGACCGGGUCUGUCGAGGUUCUCUGGGACCGCGGUAUCAAGCGGGAAUUCAAGUGGGGAAGUGUCAUCUUUGGACAGACUGAAGGACAGACUGUGGUGCAAAAGCCCUCGGAACCAGCUCCUGAGCGUAACAGCUCAUCCGUCGAUAUCGGCGGCUACGGCGUCGUCGUCGUCCCCGAUUCCAACGCAGGCAACUAGCCCCACGACACACUAUGCCCCAUAUUAUGCUCCGCAGUCUCAUCACCAGUAUUACUCCACAAAUGCAUAUGGCUCAGGAGUUUCGUCAUACCAUGCCAGAUACGAAAUCCCAACACAUCAACCGAUGACGCAGAUUCCCCAUGGGUAUGCCGCAUUUUACUCGCAACCUGCGUAUGGCCAGCCUGUCAGCAAUAACAAUACCGCACACCAAGGUCAGGAAUGGCGCUCAGCUACAAUGGCAGCAGCCACACACUGGAAGGGCGGUUGAGAAUGUGCACACUUCAGAUCAAUAAAACUGGUCAGAAAACAAUAAGGUAUACUUAUUUUUUAUUCAGAGGUGGGACGAUUCGCUUAAGGUACAUUAUUAAUGGUGUUUUGCUUGUAUUUUGUGUGUAUUCUUUGCAAUUUACUGCAUCAAUUUUUUUUGCUCUCCCAU